CUUCCACAAUGGCUGAAAGAAGGUUUGAUAAAAACGUCCGUCCGUCUCAGUCCGUCGUUUCGCAGAAACGUCCGUCCUCUAGCAGUAAGGCUGUGAGGUCCAAGAUGGUUGAAGUGAGACCGCAGGUUAAAUCUGCCUCUGGUCCAACAAAGAAGCACACAGAUGACCUUUUUGCAAAGGAAGAACAAUACAAACUCUUAAAUGCAGAGCUGGAAGCCAAAACAGCAGAUCUAGUAAGACAGGCAGACCAACUUAUGAGAGAACAGAGUGAAGUUCUGUCAAAACCCUUUUCCACCCUCCUGUUCACGGACAUUGAGGAUGAAGAGGAGUCAAGGAAGAUGAAGCCUCAACAGUGCACUAUGCGGGAGCCUAAUAUGAAGGUGUCAGUUCAGAUUAUAAAGUUUGUAUUUCUGUAUAGUCUGUUAUUGCAUUCGGCCUACAUGUCAUUAUGCUGUUUCCAACUGCCAUCCCCCCUCUUAGGUGGUGACCAAAAAAAAAGUCCAAAACAAAGAAAAGAGCCUCACUGUAACACAGUAACCCCAAAGAUAUCUCAUGUGGCUGAUUUAGCAGCUGCAGAAGACUCGGAGGAUUUUUUCGUGGCAAAGACGAUACGGAGCAUGGAGGAGAAGAUGAACGACAGCGCGAUUCAUGACAAUGUUGUGGAUGACGAGGCUAACGCUGGAGACAAUGUAGGAUCAGGCGUUUCAGACGCUCAAAUACGAUUUCUGAAGGCAAAACUACGGAUCAUGCAAGAGGAACUGGAUCAACUCUCAAGUGAAUAUUAUAAGAAGGAUGAUGAAAAUGCUAAACUUAGUGCAAAAAUGAAGGAGCUGGAGGAGGAACGAGCCAGACUGCAGAAAACAGCAAACAUCCAGCAGACACAGAUUGAAAAGCACAGAGCUUUAGCAGAGGAGUCCGACAAAAAAUGUGACGGUCUUCAACUGCAAGUGUCUGCAUUACACAAGGAAAUAGACAAUCUGAAUAGAUCCCACAAACAAGCAGCGGGCAUCCACAGCACUGUGGAGGUUCGUCUGAACAGAGCUUUGGAGGAGGUGGAGAGGCUGAAGACUCAACUCAACAAGAUGAAACAGAUGAACACGGACAAGAUAAGCGAGGAGCAUCAGAGUAAAGAAAAUCUACUUGCUGAAAACAAAAUGCUAAAAAAGCAGAAAGCAGAACUCAUCGUGGGUUUCAAGAAGCAGCUCAAGCUGAUUGACAUUCUCAAAAGACAAAAGAUGCAUUUUGAAGCUGCCAAGCUGCUGUCGUUCACAGAAGACGAGUUCAUGAAAGCUCUAGACUGGGGGAAGUCAUAGACACGGAGAGGUUCAGAUAAAUAGAAGACUUUGGGUUCAAAAUAAUUUAGAUUUAGAGAUUUGUCUCCUAAUUAUUGUCACAUUUAGCCACCAGACGGCCUCAGAUCUUUUCUGGAAUGAUUUUUAUUCAGAUCCUGUCAGCACAAUCCAAA